GCCCUAGGUACUUACGGCAUCAGAUCGGUUUGUGUGCAAAAAUUACGGUGAAAAAGUGAAAAAUAUUGAAGACAGAAUUGUAAAUAGUGCACGAACGUAAUUCAAAGACAUUUUCGAGUAAGGAAAAUGUGUGUAUGUCUAAAGAAGAAGCAUAGAUCGAAUUGCAGGGAGGAUUUAAUAUCGGAGUAACCAGCUGAUGGCGGGCGAAAAUAGAGGCAGUUUAGCGUUUGAUAGUGAUUAAAGGUGUGCUAGUGAUUUUUAUCGAGAUAUUGCUUAAUUAAACCCUGUUUAUCGACUCUUUAAUUCAUUUGUAACUGUCUAAGGAACAUUUAAACAAGCAGUUGAUCGUUGGGCGUGCACACACCUUAUGUCAUUGAUAUUUAGCAAUCAUUCAUAAAUUCGCAUCUUUAGGACUUUAAUUAUACGUAUAUCGUAGGUAAAUGAUGCGCCUAAAGAGUCGUGCGGUUUGACGAAUACCACGGUGUUUCGUUGCUGAAAUGAAGAGUGAUCGGUUUACGAGCCCCGUGUAAAUAAAUAGUGUGUUUAUUGUUGCUUGUUGCUUUUCUGAGGGAACUUCUUGAGCACGAUGUCCACCACGGCCUUCGUCGACAGAAUCGAUCCCUUCGCGAAGCGGUCGCUCAAGAAGAAGAGCAAAAAAUCGCAAGGAAGCUCCAGGUACCGCAACUCCCAGGAUGUCGAGAUGCAGCCUUUGCCCUUGCUCAAAGAUGUGCCAGCUUCGGAACAAGAGGAGCUGUUUAUACGUAAAUUAAGACAAUGUUGUGUGCCAUUCGACUUCAUGGACCCAGUGGCGGACCUGAAGGGUAAAGAAGUGAAACGUUGCUCGUUAAACGAGCUGGUCGACUAUAUUACGGGCGGUCGAGGGGUGCUAACCGAACCGGUCUACCCAGAAAUUAUCAAAAUGAUAUCUGCGAACCUGUUCCGCACGCUGCCGCCGAGCGAGAAUCCCGACUUCGAUCCCGAAGAGGACGAUCCGACGCUGGAGGCGAGCUGGCCGCACCUGCAGCUCGUCUACGAGUUCUUCCUGCGUUUCCUCGAAUCGUCCGACUUCCAGCCGACGAUCGGCAAGCGCGUCAUCGACCAGAAGUUCGUGCUGCAGCUGCUCGAGCUGUUCGAUUCGGAGGACCCGCGCGAACGGGACUUUCUCAAAACGGUGCUGCACCGCAUCUACGGCAAGUUCCUCGGCCUCAGGGCAUUCAUCCGCAAACAGAUCAACAACAUUUUUCUUAGAUUCGUGUAUGAGACUGAACACUUCAACGGCGUGGGCGAGCUACUGGAGAUCCUCGGCUCGAUAAUAAACGGGUUCGCGUUGCCGCUGAAGGCCGAACACAAGCAGUUCCUCGUCAAGGUGCUGAUCCCUUUGCACAAGGUCAAGUGCUUGUCGCUGUACCACGCGCAGCUCGCCUACUGCGUGGUGCAGUUCCUCGAGAAGGACCCGACCCUGACGGAGCCGGUGGUGCGCGGCCUGCUCAAGUACUGGCCGAAGACGUGCAGCCAGAAGGAGGUGAUGUUCUUGGGCGAGAUCGAGGAGGUGCUCGACGUGAUCGAACCGUCGCAGUUCACCCGCAUACAGGAACCGCUGUUCAGGCAGAUCGCCAGAUGCGUCUCUAGUCCGCAUUUUCAGGUUGCAGAGCGGGCUCUGUACUUCUGGAACAACGAGUACAUAAUGUCGUUGAUGGAGGAGAACAACCACGUGAUCAUGCCGAUCAUGUUCCCGGCCCUCUAUCGCAUAUCCAAAGAACACUGGAACCAGACGAUUGUCGCGCUGGUCUACAACGUGCUCAAGACGUUCAUGGAAAUGAACUCGAAACUGUUCGACGACCUUACUGUUAGUUAUAAAGCUGAAAGACAAAAGGAAAAGAAGCGAGAAAAAGAGCGAGACGAGCUGUGGAAGAAGCUGGCCGAGCUCGAGCUGAACCAUCAGAAGCCGGGUGGCGGCGCAAGCGGUGGCGGCCAGCAGCCCGCCACCAACAGUCCCCCCGUCGUCAAAAAGUGAUACACUUCAAAAGCAACAACAAAAAAUACUGCAACCACUAAGCCCUCCUUCACCGCCUCUGCGCCACGCUCAUAGCCGCGCAGCGCAGCAGCCGCCGCCGAAUCCCGCGCGUUUCGGCCGCCGCCUCUGUGCUUGGUCCCCGCCCCCUCACACUCUCUUUCCCGCCGCCGGCCUGCUCGCCCGUACGCCACCCGUGACAUAAUUAUUGGAAAAUAAC